AUGAAGUUUAGCAAGGAAGUAUCGUCUUCGCGACGGAAGCAACGCAAGGCGCACUUUACGGCCCCGAGUCACGAGCGGCGGAUUCGAAUGUCCGCUCCGCUGAGCAGCGAGCUCGUUGAGAAGUACGGUGUGCACGCUGUCCCGAUCCGAGUUGGAGACGAAGUACGCAUCAUGAGAGGUUUGUAUAAAAUGCAGGAAGGAAAAGUCAAACGAUGCCACCGGAAAAAAUACCGAAUCGCAGUGGAGGGCGUUGCGCGCGAGGACAGCCGGGGCCUCCCGGUUGACAUUGGGAUCCACCCCAGCAAAGUCCAGAUCAUUGCGCUGCGUCUGGAUAAGGACCGGAUAGCGCUGCUGAAGCGCAAAGAGCGAGCUUCUCUGAUGAACGCACGGGUGACGCCGUCGCGCUCCGCAGUCAUGGCGGAUGUGGACUAG